AUGUCUUUUGUUCUGUGGACACUUGAUUAUUUCAGAUACAGAGCGGUGACAACGGCUUAUUACAGAGGUGCAGUGGGGGCAAUGCUGGUGUAUGACAUAACUAAGCGUCAAUCGUUUGAUCAUGUGACAAGGUGGUUAGAGGAAUUGCGAAGCCAUGCUGAUAAGAAUAUUGUCAUCAUGCUUAUAGGCAACAAAUCUGACUUGGGGACCCUUCGAGCUGUACCCACCGAGGAUGCCAAAGAUUUUGCCCAAAGGGAGAACCUAUUCUUCAUGGAAACAUCAGCCCUGGAGGCAACCAAUGUUGAAACAGCUUUCGUUACAGUCCUAACUGAAAUAUAUCGGAUCGUUAGUAAGAAGGCCCUUGUUGCUAAUGAGGAAAUGGAAUCCAGAGGGAAUUCAGCACUUCUCAAGGGAACCAACAUUGUUGUUCCUGGACAGGAGCCAGUAUCAGGAGGGAGCAAAAUCGGCUGCUGCAUGUCUUCGUAGGACUCUUAUUCCACCAGGAGAUAAUGGUGUGACACCUUUGGCAUGAGGUACAUGUCUUGUAGAAGUUAAAUUGUUGAUUUGAUCUACUGUGGUAUAUUUUGAGUGGGGCUCAUACUUUCGAGAUGUGAUGAUAAAUUUUACAUGAUAUCAUUUGCUUCUGAUCUGUAACUUCCACCCUUAAUAUUUCAUCAAAUUCGCCGGCUGACACGGGAUUUUGCUAUUUGUUGUGGCUUUUCAAUUUUGGUGCUAAUGCUGGCUACUUCUUAUUCAUGAUGCUGGUCUUAGCCAAUCUGGAUGUGUACCGAUUGUGGCUGAAAUGAGUUUUUUCUGUAGCAAGAUGAAAACUACAACAUGAUGAUAGUAAUUUCAGUUGCUGCUACAAUGUGUAAUUGGUGAUUUGUUGCUGAUUCAAAACAUUAUCUUCCAGUUGAAAUUUAGCUUUACUAUUUGUGUCUCUCUGUUGGCUAUAUUGAAUUUUCUGUUUAAACUUAGCUGCCACGCCCCCGCCAUUCUAGACAUGAGACCAUACCUUGUGGGGCAAAGGGCAUA